UACCACAGUGAUUUUACGACAGCGAAACGCGUUACGGUGGUAGUUAUUCGGGAUUUAAUUAACCGGCGGGAGUUGUCUUUUUCGAAUUUUGUAUACAAAGCAAAAACGACCCAUUUACGUUAAUUGUUUCAUGAGCGAUCAUGGAUGUCGGCGAGCUAUUGAGAUAUCAGCCGGACCGGGGUGCUAAACGGCCACGUGAGGAAGAGGGUGAUGAAGAACCCCGAGGCAGGCAGAAGGCUCUGGUGACCCGAGACCACAGCAGACACUUGGAAAUGGAGGAUUCUGAUCCCGAUGACCAUGGUGGAGAUAGAAAAAAAAUUCUAGACAGACUGGACACCGAUGAAGACCCAGAGGGUGAGCCAGUAGAUGAGAGUUCUGUGAAGAAAAUGAUUUUGACCUUUGAAAAACGGUCCUACAAAAACCAGGAACUGAGGAUCAAGUUCCCUGACAGUGCUGAGAAGUUUAUGGAGAGCGAGUUGGAUCUCAAUGACAUCAUUCAGGAGAUGCAUGUCAUCGCCACCAUGCCUGACCUCUACCACUUGCUUGUGGAGUUGAAUGCAGUCCAUUCCUUGCUUGGGUUACUUAGCCACGAGAACACAGAUGUAGCCAUCGCAGUGGUAGAUCUGCUGCAGGAGCUGACUGACAUCGACACGCUCCAUGAGAGCGAAGAAGGCGCUGAGGUGCUUGUGGAUGCCUUGUUAGAGGGACAGGUGGUGGCCCUGCUGGUGCAGAACAUGGAGAGGCUCGAUGAACAGGUGAAGGAGGAGGCGGAUGGGGUGUACAACACACUGGCCAUCAUCGAGAACAUGGCAGAGUUCCGUCCAGGCUUGUGCAGUGAGGCAGCACAGCAGGGCCUGAUGCAGUGGCUUCUGAAGAGGAUAAAAGCAAAAAUGCCGUUUGAUGCCAACAAGUUGUAUUGCAGUGAAAUCCUGGCCAUCUUACUCCAGAACAAUGACAGCAACAGGGAGCUCUUGGGGGAACUAGAUGGAAUUGAUGUGCUGCUGCAGCAACUCUCUGUGUUCAAGCGGCAUAACCCUGCCAUAGCGGAGGAGCAGGAGAUGAUGGAGAACCUUUUUGAUUCGCUCUGUUCUUGUCUGAUGCUGGCGGCCAACCGAGACCGCUUCCUCAAAGGAGAGGGUCUGCAACUCAUGAAUCUCAUGCUCAGGGAGAAGAAGAUGUCCCGUACCAGCGCAUUAAAGGUCUUAGAUCAUGGCAUGGUUGGAGCUGAGGGUUCUGAUAACUGCCACAAGUUUGUGGACAUCCUGGGCCUGAGGACCAUCUUCCCCCUUUUUAUGAAGACACCAAAGAAGAUGAGGAAAGCUGGCAUCUCGGAUAAAGAGCACGAAGAGCAUGUAUGCUCCAUAAUUGCCUCAAUGCUGCGGAAUCUGAAAGCCCCACAGAGAUCUCGGCUCCUCAGCAAAUUCACGGAGAACGACUGCGAGAAGGUCGACAGGCUGAUGGAGCUGCAUUUUAAGUACCUGGAAGCGGUACAGCAGGCUGACAAGAGGAUCGAAGGAGAAAAGCACGACAUGGUGCGACGUGGGGAGAUUAUCGACGAUGCCACGGAAGACGAGUUCUACCUGCGACGGCUGGAUGCCGGUCUCUUUGUCUUGCAGUUGAUCUGCUACAUCAUGGUGGAGAUCAGUAACGCUGGCAUUCCCCAGCUGCAGCAGAGAGUUCAUCAGAUCCUCAACCUAAGAGGAGGGUCCAUCAAAGUGGUGAGACACAUCAUGAGAGAAUAUGUGGAGAACCUUGGUGAUGGGAAGACUGAGGAGUUCAAGGAGAGCGAGCAGAAGAGGAUCAUGGCUCUACUGGAGAACUUCUAACCGUUCCCAGCCUUUCGUCUGUGCCCACAAUUUGUAGGAGCGAAUGCACAUACAAAACUGUGGGGCUGGGGACCUAUGGGAGCAAGCACAGUUGUUUAGUUAUUGAAAAAUAACUAAAUCCAGCUCCAAGGACCCAUUACAUUGUUUUCUUCCUUUUUUGUUUUAAGAAUUAAUGAAAUGAUCAAUGUUUUUUUUUCCAAUUUCAGAAUUAAAGAACGUUUAAAAUAA